AAUGAAAAAAGUCGAAAAGUUGAAAAAUCGACUUUUCAUAAAAUGCAAAAAGUCGAAAAGUCGACUUUUAACUAAAUGAAAUAGGAAUUACAAAAUUAUAUAAAAAUGAUAUAAUUAUCUAAGUUUUCCUUGAUUAAUAGAAAUGCUGUUAAAAAUCGCCAUAAAAUCAUAAAAAAAUGUUCUGGCAACUCCUUGUACUAGUUCUAACUAAACAAAUCCGAUUACCAAUUAUUCGUAUACAUAAUUUUUUUUCUUCUUGUUUACAAAUUGUUGGAAAAUGUUAUUUUUAAUAAAUUUCUAAAUAAAAAUUAAUAAUGGAAUCCUGUUUAUUGUGUUUGGAAAUAAAUAAAGAUAUUUUGGACACCAUAAAGGCAAACUCAACACAAUGGCAAGAUCUGGAUAUGGGAAAAGUGAUAGAGAAACAUUUUUGGCCAAUGAACAAUAUACAAACAAAUUCCUGGAUAUGUUUGUCCUGCUGGCAAGAGGUAAACGAUUUUCACAAAUUCUAUAUGCGCAUAGAAGAGGCUCAUAUGAAUUUUGGAAAAAUAAAAGUAGAGGAUGCUGGUGUAAUAUCGCUCACAACAACGGUGGAAUGUAAAGAGGAAAUAACAAUACAAAAAACGAAAAUAAAAACUACCACUGAAGAGGAGAUUAAAGAUAACAUUGCAUUUUGUUUUCUAGAACCAGAGAUACUAAUAGACCAACCUCAGCCACAGGAUCUGGCGGAACCAGAAAUUCUGAUAGAUCCACCAACACCAGCUCCCGAUUUGAGGGCUAAUAAAGAAACUGUAAUAACACAGCCAUUAGAUGAAGUGGAUUUGGAUGAUAUGCCCUUAAAACAGGCUUGUAAACGUUUAAGAUUAGAAAAUCAAAUAACAAAUAAAGAUCCUCUAGAGAAAUCGAAAAAAUCGAAAGUAAACAACAAAUCCAAGAAUAAAAAGAAACCCACAAAAGCCAAAGCAACGGCAGAGACAAAAAUAUCAGAAGAAACGGCGGCAGAUGAAUCGCAAGUGAAAGAAGAGCCUCUAGAUACAAAUGAUAAUCAAGAUUCAGAUAGUCUUAGUGAUAAUGACAACGAUGCCAGUUAUCAGCCGGAAAAAGAUUCUGCGGAAACUGUAGAAAGUAAAAGACGCAAAGCUUACAGUAAACACCGCACAAAUCGCAAAGAAAAUGAUCAAUUUAUAGCCGAGCACUUUAAGCAAAUGUUCUGUGAUCUUUGCCAGGUACCGUUUGAAGACUUUCCCGCCAUGCAGAAACAUUUUACCGAGAAUCACAAACAACGCGGCUAUGUUGUUUGCUGUAAACGAAAGUUUUUCGAUCGUACCCGUUUGGUGGAUCAUCUUCAUUGUCACUUAAAUCCCGAUCAUUUUAAGUGCAAUGAAUGCGGCAAAGCCAUGUCAGAUCGUAUUAGUUUUGACAGUCACAUGUUGCGUGUACAUCGAGCCAGUGAGGUUGUUAAGCAACAUUGUUGCGAUGUAUGCGGUAAAUCUUUUACAGAAGCUUAUGUCCUGAGGAUACACAAAUUAACUCAUUUGCCGGAAGAGGAAAAGAAAUUUCCCUGCAGUGAUUGUGGCAAAAAUUAUGGCAGUCCUUAUCUAUUGAAUCAACAUCGACAAGCGGUACAUCUUAAGCGUUUCGUUAAAAUUUGCUAUAUAUGCGGUAAAGCUAUUAACUCCAGUGCUGAAUUUAAAAUACACAUGAAUAAGCAUGAAGGUAUACCCGCUCCUGUUAUCAAUUGUGAUGUAUGUGGUUUACGUCUUACUAGUGAACGAGGUCUAAAGCUGCAUAAAGAAUCCCAACAUCCGGUUGGGGGAAAACAGGAACAUCACUGCCCUAUUUGUCCAAAAAUAUCACCCACCCUAAAGGCACUUAAAAAGCAUAUAAAUACUAUGCACGAAAAGGGUUACGAUCACAAGUGCAGUAUUUGUGAAAAAGCUUUUAAAAGAUCGGAAGCUUUGAAGGAACAUAUGGCCACACACACUGGUACUACUUUAUACACUUGUCCCUGGUGUCCGAAAACCUUUAAUUCUAAUGGCAACAUGCACGCACAUCGCAAAAAGAUACAUCCCAAAGAAUGGGAAGAAACAAAACUACUGAAAUAUUCGGGAAAUAUACCACCAGAAAUUUAAAAAUCAUGCAAAAUAUAUCAUUAUAAUUGAUACAGUAUAAUUUAUUUAAUUAAGUUUAGUUUAACGUUUAUUUAAGUCUCAAAAUAUAUUUUAUAAUAUAAAUUAAUUUAAAAUUGAUCAUUAUGUAAGUAGUAACUACUUUUUUUUACAUAAUUUAAAUAAAAGUAUAGAUAUCUUGGACAGAUUUAACUAAGUA